UCGUUCUGCUUUUAGACGUUUUUGUUUGGAGUCUUCAGUCUUCUUAAGGAGACUUUAUUUAUUAAUUCAUAAUUCUGCCAUGAAUCUCACAUUUUCACUCACGGUGUUAUAUCUGCUGUUUCUGAAAGGUUUAUUUGUUCAGACUGACCAUGUGAUUUUUGACCCUGGAUCAGUUUGUGCUCCUGCUGGAUCAACUGUGGCUCUGGGGUCCAAAUGUUUAUUAUAUCCUGGAUGGACAUUUCAGUCAUGGAAACUCAGAAUAAAUAAUACUGAAACUCUAGUAGAUCCCCAAAAGGACUCCCGGUACAGAUACAUUAAAGGUUUUUUUCACAGGUGUUACCUACUAAUUCAUGGUCUAAAAGAGACAGACGUUGGCACAUAUUACAUGAGCUGUAUUUACAGAGAAGAAAACAUCAGCUCUAUCUCAAAUAGACAAUCAGAAUUCACUGUACAUGUCACAGAUCUUCAGGUGUCUGUGGACUCUGAUCAUGUGACUGAAGGUCAGAACAUCACACUGACCUGUAAGACCAGCUGCCCUCCAAAACAAACCUUCAUCUGGUUCAAGAACGGGCUUCGUUUGGAUCUCGGUUAUUCCGGCGAUCAGCUGCAUGUUUCUGUGGUGAAUCGUGAGGAUUCAGACAGAUACUCAUGCGCACUGGAACACUUUGAAACGUUCCCAUCGGCCGAGAUGCUCCUCAACGUCACCAGUGACCUCUUACGAAGACCUGUGAAUAGAUGAAGCCUACACCUGCGAGGACUCCGGAUACAAAAUGAUGACAUUUUCAUUGCUUUAAAAUGCACAUAAAGUUUGCUUAAAUGCAUAUAUGGUAUUUGUAAAUACUAUAAUUUGUACUAGAGUUCAACUGUUCUUCCUGAUAACCACUUCUAUAAAGACUAUUCUGGUGUCUAUUUUCUGUAAAGCUGUGCUGAAACGAUGUGUUGUGAAAUGCAUUAUACAAAUAAAUGUGAAUUAAACUGAAUUAGCCAUUGCAUUGUUGGUUACUUUACCAUGUUGUCUCCAAGGGUGCGUUGAGAGUUUCACAGAGAGCUUAUACAGUAUCCAGUGUGCUUGUCCAUUAUAAAAAAUAAAUAAAUAAAUAAAAUAAAUAAAUAAAUAUGCAGUUUGAGGUUAUGGACCCAUGAAUUUGACAGAUAAUACAGUAACAGGAGAACAUUGCAUUAUUGGCCCAAAUGGUGGCGCUAUAUCUCAGCUGCCUUUGAGGGAGCGCAAGAAGUUAUAGUAGGGCCUUAUUCCCAGCGUACUUGACUGUUAUCAUGCAAUUUACUGUUGCGAAUUUAUUUCUUAGAAUUGCCAUUUUAUAUCACACAGUUCUGACUUAUUUCCUCCUCAGAAUUAUGAGAUAUAAACUCGCAAUUGUAAGUUAUAAAGUCCAAUUUUGCGGAGGGAAAAAGACAAUUUCGAACAUUAACUUUUGACUCGUCUUUUCUUCAGAAUGAAAAUGUGUACGAAAAUGAAUCAACACCGCCUGUGACCUUUGACCUGGAGGAGAAAGUAAAGUCAGUUCAUCAGGAGGAGGAAGUUCAGUACUCUUUACAAACUUUUUACAAACGGCCAAUGUUCUGCAAAUUGUGAAAAGGAAACUGAUGUCCAGUACGCUCAGAUCGCAUGUGCAACAACAGAACAACAGCAGUAAAUGAGACAUAUGAAGUAAUAGUCAGAAAAAAAGAAGAAAAAAAAAAUAUAUAUAUAUACAGUAUAUAUAUAUAUA